GUGCGAUGCGAUGCCUUUUAGAUUCAGUUUACCAGAUUGUAUGAGAUCGGAGAAAAUGCGCAGUUGCUGUUAAUUUCUUUUUAAAUCGAUUUUUUUUUUAUACACAUAUACCUUGACUGGUCCUUCUUACUUUCCGUAGUGAGGGAAUCCAUGAACGCUCCGGUAAAACCAAACACGGUUUCAGUCCCGCGAGAUACUUUUCAGGCGGUUGCUAUCGAUCAAGCUCCGUCAAUUUGUCCCUAACUUGCUUCUCAGAUAUCUUCAACAUAUACCUAGACAUCUCUAAGCAGCAUGGACAGCGAGUGCCUGGUGUUGUUGCCUCGGGUGUGCGCUGUACUAGCGGACCCCAGACAGUCCCUACCAGAUGACACCAGCCUCGAGAAACUGCUGGACUGGUUCACUGGUCUCACCAAGGAGGACCAUGGCCUGGCCCUGUUGGAGUCCUGCCCCUGUCUGGUGGACUACAUAUCCACCGCGUGUCUGGACAAAACUACAGAUCCCAGCAUGCUUUCCUUCAGCCUCAAGCUUUCCGGCCUGCUGGCGGCCAGCCAACACGGCUUCAACCUGCUGCAGGAUCGAUCCAUCCUGGGCGUGGCCUACGACAGCGAGCGAUGGCAGGUGGCUGGCCAAUGGGAGGAUCCGAGCGUGCGGAUUGGCUGGAUCCAUGGCCUGAGUAACAUGAUGCGCCACACACAGGCCUUCCACUUCCUGGAUCAGGCUGGCCUGACCAAACCCCUCCUCCAGCUACAGACUGACCCCAGCCUAUUCGUCGCCUCGGCCGCAAAUCACCUCCUGGCCCGCCUCCUAACCUUCCACCAGCCGGCUACAACCUCACACACAACCCAGGGGAAUGGCCUCACUGUUCCACCCAAUAAGGAAGAGGUAGAAUUGGACGUAACCAUGGAGACAAGUCCAGGAAGCGGGUGUUCCAUCACCAUGGAGAUCUUGAAGCACCUGGAGAGCUCUCUGGAGUCAGACAGCCACACCCAGGUGCUCCAGGGGCUGAGGCUGCUGGCCCUGACUCUCCCCGAGCUGGAGGCUCCUCUGCGGGGCUCGGUGAUCAGGCGAGUCCUGAGGUCUCUGGAGGGGUUGGUCCGAGAAGGAGCAGUGGCUCAGCCUCUAAUGGACGUCCUGCUGGCUACAUACAGGUCCGGUCCGUGUGACUCCAGACUCGUCUCUCUGAUGGCGUCCAUGUUGAACUCCCAGAAUCCCUCUGACGCUGCUCUGUGUGCCGCCGCCACCCUCCAUCCGGAGACCUGUCCUCCAGGCCUCAGACAGAAGAUCGUAGCUGUUCUGCUGGGACCUCUACAGAUGGUUACUGGAGUAACUCUGCUGGACUGGCCCAAUGACAGACACACUGAUGAACAGACUGACCACAGACACACCGAUCAACAGACAGACCACAGACACACUGAUGAAGACCACAGACAGACUGAUGAAGACCACAGACACACUGAUCAACAGACUGACCACAGACACACUGGUCAACAGACCGAUAACAGACAGACUGAUCAACAGACCGAUAACAGACAGACUGACCAGGACAGACAGACGGAGGGUCGUAGCUCUCUCUCUCUCCUGCUGCAUCAUCUCAACCACAAACCCUCCUGUGUCUCUCUGCUCUGCGUCUCCGUGUCCAGCGCUCCCUACAUAACAGACAUGGAUUCAUCUGCCUCCGUCAUCCUUGCUGUGGUGUCACUCCUGAGGAUCUGUAACGGCCACUCCCCCUCACCCGAGAGCAAGGCUGCUAUUGGCUGUAGCAAAGCAUCCACCAACCUGAUUGGCUGCAGCAAGGUCCAGAGGUGUUGCCUAGACUCCCUGGCUAGCCUUAGCACCUGCCCUGGAGCUGUGGAACGGGUGGCGGAAGUGUUCCAUGUUCUAGUGCAGAACCUACAGAACCCUGACUCAGACCCCACCGUGCUCCAGAAGAACUACCAGGCCAUGUUGAGGUGGCUUCGUGUGUCUGCAGAGCCUCACUCACUGGCUGAUCUGGUCACUGAAGACCUCCUGCCCGUGCUAAAGAAGCGUGUGUGUGACGUGCGUUGGGAGGUUCGAGACUCCACUCUGGAGUUCCUCGGCCAGCUGUGUGAGGCGUUAAGCUGCACCGUCACUCCUAUCCUGCUGGAGGCGCUGUGUGAUCAGGAGAGCUAUGUGAGGGCUAGUGCCAUCUCUGCCCUGGCCAGGACACUACCACUCAGUGACCAGCAGGGGGAGCCAGGGAACCAGACACAGGAACAGAUCCUGGGUCAGUUACUAGACAUCCUGUCUCAGGAUUCAGAGGGCUUCCCCAGACGUGCUGUGGUCCAGUUCUUCAUCAGCUGGCUAAAGACACACCCAUCAUCUUCCUCCUCCUCGCUGUGUUCUGUCCUAUCGCUGGGCAGCACUGAUCUGGACUGGGAGGUCAAAGUUCACACCCUGGAGCUGGUUGAGCUCCUGAUGGAGGAAACACUACCAGGUCACCAGGAGUCAGAGCUGGGGUCAACUCCUCCCCCUUACGGUGGCUCUGGAGGGACAAACCUACUAACACACACUGACCUCACACAUCCCUACGCUGUGACGCCAAGCCAGCCCUCACCCCUUCUAACACACACCCCAACUGACACACACACCCCCCUCACACACACACACCCAACUACAUCUGUAGUGUGUGGUCUGUCUCGGUUGGUGGAGCUCGGUGUUAUAACAGCGUUAUUCAAUGGCCUGUUUGAUUGCGACAGACCUGUAGCUUUAAAAGCCUGUAGUCUGUUGCUACGACUACGAGACGCGGUGUGUCCGUCCCGGUCGCUAGGGAAAGGUGCCAUGACAACUGACGACACAACAGUUGCCAAGGUGACUUUUGAUCUGAGGGUCAGGUUUGGGAGCGGGAGGUCACGAGGAAGUUACAGGAGAAGAGAGGAUCUGAUUGGGUUAAAGAGUCCAGGGAAGUAG